GGUUGUCAGAACACCCCAAACAUAACCCCAUUGUUUUGUUUACACUCUUUAUGGUACGUGUGUUUUGCGGAAAUUCCUUGGUAAAUUCAGUGAAAAUGCGAAUUAUUCUCACUACCUGGGCACUGACACGACCCACUGGCGUGUACUGUCGACGGCUGUGCACGGAAAUUGCAUUGCCACGGGCGCAAAAUGAUGAUUCACCGUUGAGUGUGCCGGAGAACUAUAGUGAAAUCGAGAGAGCGCCCAAUUUGCCGCCUACCUUCAAUUUCGCCAGCUACAUAAACAAAUCCCCAACACUGCAGCAACUCCUGAACCUAGGCGUGGAUCUGUACAGUAUCGAGAAGCGCAAGGGACUGCCACAAUUCGUGCUGAAGCUGGACUUUGAGCGGGACAUGAAGCAUGUGAUACAAUUUCUCACCGAUCAGGGAGUCCCUCCGGAUCGCCUGGGGCACAUCAUCACAAAGAAUCCGUUGAUCUUCAAGGAGCACUGCGACGAUAUGGCCGUGAGGAUCAACUAUCUGGAGUCGAAGCGCUUUAGUAGAGAACAAAUUUCGUGGAUUGUGAACAAAAAUCCCUUCUGGCUCAUGUUUUCCACGCAGAGAAUCGACCGGAGGCUUGGAUACUUUCAGAAGACCUUUGAGCUGUCGGGCCAGGAAGUGAGACAGAUGACUUGCUUGUGUCCUCGGCUGGUUACGUACUCAAUGGAACACGUGAGAAAGAGCACAUUCUCCAUCAAGGAAGAGAUGGGCUUCGAGAAGGGGGAAGUGAAGGCUCUGCUGCUGAAACUGCCCAAGAUUUGGAUGAUGAGUCACGAUUCUCUGAUGGAUCGCUUCCAGUAUGUGCACAAGAGCAUGGAAAUCACCCAUGAGCACCUCUGCAGAGAUCCUUACAUCCUCCUGUCGCGUCAAUACCGCAUCCGGCAGAGGCAUGAGUUCCUGAAGUACUUGAAGAGAGCACAGUAUGAUCCCCAGAAGGAUCUCUAUGUGUCCCUGAAAAAUCUCGUGGUGGGAAAUGACGAGGAGUUCGUCCUCAACAUCGCCAGAUCCACGAUCUCGACUUACAACGCCUUCUUGAAGACUCUUUGA